GCAGGCGAUAUUUUUUGCUCUGAAGGACAGGUAUUCGUGUCAGUAUCGACUUCGAUAGCCGAAGUGUGUUUAAAUUUGUAGUGUUGUGGUGGUUGUAGUGUUAUUAUAGUAAUCGAUAUUUUUGCGGUUAUGUAAUGUGAGGUGAAAGCUUUCAGUUUUAAAAACCCGGCGUGGAAUAGCAGGAAAGUAAUUGCGAAUGUUCCGCUGCGAAUCAGCUGACUAGAAAGAAUAUCACCUUGCUACUUGUUGAUCUUGUUUUGGUUUUUAUCAGGAACUUGAAUAUCUCGCUGGUCGGAAAACAACAUUGUCUGUCAUGAGAAAUGUUUUUCCAUGUUCUGAUAGAGACAUUGCAAUGCAAAGUUAUCAACUGAGCUAUUAGAUGAAAAUUUACAAUCAAAGUAACCACUGCACCUUUUUCUGCAACUUCGGGUAGUCUCUCAAAUCACAUACAUUGGCUAAUUCUUCCCUAUAUGAUGUCUUCAAUCGUGGGUUCCUAUCCUAUUCACCACUCUUUUGAUGUGCUUUACCUUCCCUUAAAAAUGAAAGUAUGCUGGUUGGAAACUUUGAUAUCCUCGUCCCUUGAUGUUGCCGUUUCGUAAUGAUGUUACUCCCAUCAUUGGCUAGCGUGCAUCAAUAAAACUGCCACGUUGCAUCAGAAAAUGGCGGACGAGUGCAGCAGUCCGCAGAAUGAUGGCGGGGAAUUCUCUGGAUCCAAACUCAAAUCGUCCUCCUCUUCCUCCGUAGCCCCGUCUACCCGUCUGCAACGCAACCAGGCCGAGAAAAAGCGUCGGGAUCGACUCAACUCCUACAUCAGCGAACUGGCUAACAUCGUUCCCAUGGUGAACAGUGCCGACAAAACUCUGGACAAAGUCAGCAUCUUACGGCUCUCAGCCGCCUACCUCAGGCUCAACAAAAGUUGUCUUCAUCCGAAGCGAUUCAAAAGUAAAAUGGUAUCCUUGCCUUCCUUGGUUUUGCCACAUCUGGACCUCAUUGAAAAAAGCACUGGUGGUUUUGUUAUCGUAACAACGUUUACUGGAGUCAUAUUAUAUUGCUCAAAUUCCGUUCAUGAUUACCUCGGCUAUCAAAAUAUUGAUGUUAUUGGCAAUUCAAUUUAUUGUUAUGUACAUAAAGAUGAUUCAUCCCGUUUUGAAAGAAAAAUGAACAAUGUGAUUUCAUACCAAAAGAAAGGUAAAAAGCGUUCAAAAGUGUUUAAGGCUCAUGUGCAACAAAAACCGAUUCCACGUUCAAACGAUAUAAAAUUUCGAAAAAUGGUGUUUAAGUUAUCUGUUCAUGUGAAUGGACAUGCUGAAGGAGGAGGAGGUAGUGAAACUUCUGGUGAAAAAAAGAAAAAAAUAUGUCGGACAAAAGAUUUCGGUACCAAUGCUAUUGUCUUAAUGUUUGUUGAACCAAUAAAAAUUGAGCCAGAACCAGAUGCAAUAUUCAUAGAUUCUCACCAAGAAGGUUAUUUUACUAUGCAUGGUCUACGAGGAGAAAUUUUGUAUGCUGAUCAAAGGAUUACCACAAUUACUGGAUAUACAUCUACUGAUGUUAAAGGAAAAUCUGCAUAUGAAUAUAUAUUUAGUUCAGAUGUACCAAUUGCUUUGUUUGCUCAGAAAGACAUGUUUUCAAGUCAGAAUGGAACCGGGAUUAUAACGUAUCGAUUAAGAGUGAAAAAUUUGAGAUAUGUAUAUCUGCAGAGUAAAGGCCAGACUGUGUAUAAGCAAGAUACCAAAACACUUAGCCAUUUUGUUUGCUUCAAUAAGUUAUUAAGGUAA